GAAUGUUCCGAGUCACCGUCUGUAUGUUUGCAUAACGGAGCAUGCACUAACAAAGACGGAGGGUAUGACUGUACGUGUUCCUCGGGGUGGACUGGAGAUCGAUGCGAGAUAGAUGUGGACGAGUGCAAAACAACAUUACCCUGUCAAAACAAUGCUACAUGUACCAACAAAGUUGGCUCAUUUGUAUGCAUGUGCACUUCUGGGUGGAGAGGACUACUGUGUCAACACGAUAUUAACGAGUGUGUCGAAACACCGGGUAUAUGUAGAAAUGGUGGCACCUGCACCAACAAGCCAGGAGACUACCACUGUGAUUGUCCGCCUGGUAGAGGAGGAAAGAACUGCGAUUACAGUACAGAUCCAUGCAAUGAUAUAGUGUGUGCUCACGGAGGUACCUGUUACAUUGAUACAAACGGAGAACCCGCGUGUGCUUGCACAGACCAGUUCCAGGGUCAAAACUGCCAAGAAGAUUUUGACGAGUGUAGUCAGAGCCCCUGUGUAAAUGGAACUUGCAGAAAUCUUCCUGGAACCUUCUAUUGUGAUUGUAAUACAGGCUAUACUGGGGAUCUUUGUGAUGAAGAUGUUGACGAAUGCACAUUCUUCCCUUGCGUAAAUGGUAAUUGUAUGAACACUGUCGGUUCAUUCUACUGUGACUGUGUUCCAGGAUGGACAGGCCCAGCCUGUAAUGUCGAUAGGUCAGAAUGCUCACUGUUGACAGACCCGUGUAACGGCAAUGGUAGGUGUGAGGAGAUACCUGGCUCAUACAAAUGUGUCUGUUACGUAGGAUACGAGGGCCAAUUCUGUCAAAAUGAUGUCGAUGAAUGUAAAGAAAUUCAGUGUGACAAUGGUGGCACUUGUGUAAAUUAUCCCGGAGGCUAUCAGUGCAACUGUACUCAGUACUGGACUGGUCCAUUCUGUGGCAUAGAUCUGAAUGAAUGUACAACACUGACGGAACCAUGCAUUAAUGGUGGAACAUGCAAAAAUAGACAGCUUGGAUAUGAUUGUACAUGUACCAGUCAGUGGCAAGGUGACACCUGUACUGAAGAUGUAGACGAAUGUACAGAAACCCCUGGGAUAUGCCAGAACAGCGGAGCAUGUAUAAACGAACCGGGAGGCUUCCGCUGCAAUUGUACAGAUGGAUACGAGGGUGAUUUAUGUCAAACAGAUAAGAAUGAAUGUAUGACAUUAAAGCCAUGCAUGAAUGCAGCGACGUGUGAAAAUAUACCCGGAAGUUAUGAAUGUACAUGCGCUAAGGGGUUUGAGGGAAGAAACUGCGAAAUUGAUAUAAAUGAGUGUUUAACUGAUCCUUGUGAAAAUGAAGCUACUUGUAUGAAUACACCACCCGGUGAUUACACAUGUACGUGUACGGACGAAUGGACAGGAAAAAAUUGCACUAUAGAGGUUGAAAGAUGCCCAGAAUGUGAGAAUGGAGGUAUUUGUAUAGAGGUGAACAGUGAUUUCCAAUGCGAUUGCCCGUCUGGAUGGCAAGGAGAAGUUUGCCAGAAGGAUGUCAACGAAUGUAAUACUAUAGCUGACUUAUGUCUGAAUGGUGCUACGUGUCACAAUAGAGAUGGAGAUUACCAUUGCGCUUGUGUCCCUGGAUAUGAAGGGAGACACUGUGAAAUAGACAUAAACGAGUGUGAUCCUAACCCCUGCUUAUUCGGUGGUACUUGUACUGAUGGCAUAAAUUCCUACUCCUGUCUGUGUCUUCCGGGAAGAACCGGUGAUACAUGUCAGAAUGAUAUAAAUGAGUGUCAAACUGCAACACCGACUUGCCAAAAUGGAGGCACAUGCUCUAAUACAAUUGGAUCAUUUGAUUGCAAGUGUACAGACAACUGGCAAGGAGAGCUUUGUGAAAUCGAUAAAGAUGAAUGUCUGACGGUGACCUGUAUGCACGGUGGAACAUGUGUUAACACUGAAGGUUCCUUUAAUUGUGAAAACUGCGACAGUGGUUGGGAAGGCCAGCUGUGUGACCAAGAUACAGAUGAAUGUCCGACGGUGACCUGUAUGCACGGUGGAACAUGUGUUAACACUGACGGUUCCUUUUAUUGUGAUAAAUGUGACAGCGGAUGGGAAGGUCAACUCUGUGAUGAAGAUACGGAUGAAUGUCGGACGGUGACCUGUAUGCAUGGUGGAACAUGUGUUAACACUGACGGUUCCUUUAUUUGUGAAAACUGUGACAGUGGUUGGGAAGGUCAGCUCUGUGACAAAGAUAUAAAUGAAUGCCCGAUGGUGAGCUGUAUGCACGGUGGCACUUGUGUAAACACUGGCGGUUCCUUUUAUUGCGAAAACUGUGACAGUGGUUGGGAAGGCCAACUCUGCGAUGAAGAUAUAGAUGAAUGUCCAAUGAUAACUUGUAUGCACGGUGGGACCUGCUUUAACACCGACGGAUCAUUUAAUUGUGAAAACUGUGACAGUGGUUGGGAAGGCCAGCUGUGUGACAAAGAUAAAGACGAAUGUCCAAAUAUUACAUGUAUGCAUGGUGGAAAUUGCGUUGACACUGACGGUUCCUUUAAUUGUGAAAACUGUGACAGUGGUUGGGAAGGCCAGCUUUGCGAAAUAGAUAUAAAUGAAUGCCUGACGGUAACUUGCAUGCAAGGUGGAACUUGUGUCAACACCGACGGUUCCUUUAAUUGUGAAAACUGUGACAGUGGCUGGGAAGGUCAGCUCUGUGAGCAAGAUAUAAAUGAAUGCUCGACGGUAACUUGCAUGCAUAGUGGAACUUGUGUCAACACCGACGGUUCCUUUAAUUGUGAAAACUGUGACAGUGGCUGGGAAGGUCAGCUUUGUGAGCAAGAUAUAAAUGAAUGCCCGACGGUAACUUGCAUGCAUGGUGGAACUUGUGUCAACACCGACGGUUCCUUUAAUUGUGAAAACUGUGACAGUGGCUGGGAAGGUCAGCUUUGUGAGCAAGAUAAAGAUGAAUGUCUGACGGUAACCUGUAUGCACGGUGGAACGUGUGUAAACACCGACGGUUCAUUUAAAUGUGAAAACUGUGACAGUGGCUGGGAAGGCCAGCUGUGUGACAAAGAUAUAAAUGAAUGCCAAACGGUAACUUGCAUGCAUGGUGGAACUUGUGUCAACACCGACGGUUCCUUUAAUUGUGAAAACUGUGACAGUGGCUGGGAAGGUCAGCUCUGUGAGCAAGAUAAAGAUGAAUGUCUGACGGUAACCUGUAUGCACGGUGGAACGUGUGUAAACACCGACGGUUCAUUUAAUUGUGAAAACUGUGACAGUGGCUGGGAAGGCCAGCUGUGUGACAAAGAUAUAGAUGAAUGCCCAACGGUAACUUGCAUGCAUGGUGGAACUUGUGUCAACACCGACGGUUCCUUUAAUUGUGAAAACUGUGACAGUGGCUGGGAAGGUCAGCUCUGUGAGCAAGAUAACGAUGAAUGUCUGACGGUAACCUGUAUGCACGGUGGAACGUGUGUAAACAUCGACGGUUCAUUUAAUUGUGAAAACUGUGACAGUGGCUGGGAAGGCCAGCUGUGUGACAAAGAUGUGGAUGAAUGCAUUUUAACUCCUCCAAUAUGUCAAAAUGGAGGUAGUUGUACAAACUCGAUAGGCUCGUAUUCAUGUCUAUGUACAGAUUUCUGGAGAGGAGACAGCUGCGAAAUAGAUGUCGAUGAAUGCGUCGAGUUUGGGUCUUUAGCUUGCUACGGUAACGGAGGGUGUACAAACACGCGAGGAAAUUACUCGUGUAACUGUACUACAGGAUACACUGGAGAAAGAUGUGACCAAGAUGUAAAUGAAUGCAAUCUAACCAAUCCUGUUUGUUUGAAUGGUGGUACAUGUGACAACUAUUUUGGCUUUUAUGAAUGUGUCUGUCAAGAUGGAUUUGAAGGAAAAAAUUGCGAAAAAAAUAUUGAUGAGUGCAGUUUAAAUGUGUGUAUUAAUGCCGUCGUGUGUGAAGAUACCUUUGGUUCAUAUAGAUGUACAUGUUUACCAGGAUGGACAGGACCUAACUGUGAUACGGAUAUAAAUGAAUGCAACGACAACCUUUGUAAGAAUGGAGCCACGUGUUCUAACAGUGCCGGAUCAGUGGAAUGUUUAUGCGCACCGGGCUGGACAGGGCUAGUAUGUGACACAGAUAUUAACGAGUGUCUGACAGCAGAUAUAUGUAAAAACGAAGCAACGUGUAUAAACGAAGAUGGUGGAUAUACUUGCACGUGUGCGGUCGGAUGGGAAGGUCUUAAUUGUAAUAUUGAUAUUGACGAGUGUCUAACAGUAGGUACCUGUAAAAACGAAGCAACUUGUGAAAAUAAAGAUGGAGGAUAUUCGUGCAUAUGCGCAUCUGGAUGGGAAGGUCCUAACUGUGAAAUUGAUAUUGACGAGUGUCUAACAGCAAGUACCUGUAAAAAUGGGGCAACUUGUGUAAAUAAAGAUGGUGGGUACACUUGCACAUGUGCUUCUGGAUGGGAAGGUCCUAACUGCGAUAUUGAUAUUGACGAGUGUCUAAUAGCAGAUACAUGUAAAAAUGAAGCAACUUGUGUAAAUAAAGAUGGAACAUAUACUUGCAUAUGCACAUUUGGAUGGGAAGGUCGAAACUGCGAUAUAGAUAUUGACGAGUGUCUUACAACAGAUAUCUGUAAAAAUGAGGCAACUUGUGAAAAUACAGAUGGAGGUUAUACGUGCAUAUGCGCGUCCGGAUGGGAAGGUCCUAACUGCGCUUUUGAUAUAAAUGAAUGUCUAAAUGACGUAUGCAAAAAUGGAGGAGCGUGUACGAAUAUACCCGGUUCAUUCAACUGUUCAUGUGUUGGUGAUUGGACGGGACUUACCUGUGAACAAGUGGGAGGCAAAACAUUUGAGUUGUCAUUCGAGACGGUCGGGCUGACUAUUACUUCUGCACUGCUAGACAGGCAAUCUGAAGAAUUCCAAAGAAGGCAAGACGCGUUAUGCAGCGAUAUAGGUACUUUUGUUGAGAACAAUUUUGCCGCUUACGAGAGCUGUAGCAUUGCAAACUUUAUGGUUAAUCCUGCCGGACUCACGCUGCGGCUCACAUUUGAUGCAGGUCAGUCCGACGAACUUGGCACAUACAUAAAGGAGUUGCUAUUUGAAACAAGAGAUCCAGAGAGAUUCGGAGACGUUUAUGGAAUUAGAGUUGGCGAUAUGAUAUUUAAACAUUCUGAUUUCAUUUCAACUAAGGUUGAAAUGACAAAGCGACUCGUGAACUUUACAUACACAGCCGAUCUGCAAAACGAGAAUUCCUUUGCGUUUCAACAAUAUGAAGAUGCUUUUUGUACACAGGUACGAGAAAUUAUGACAAUUGAGGCAGCCACGUUUCCAAAUUUCUUAGAGUGUGAUGUGAUGGGUUUCAGUUAUGAUGCAGACCAGGAUGAAUCGAGUGUCUCAUUUUCAUUUGAGUUCGAAGGUGCGAAAAAUGAAGCUGACCUAAUAACAGAAUUUAAUGAGUACUUAAACAGUAAUUUAAAAAAAGUGCGUUUUGACCGUUACGAGGCUGCAGAGCUAGGUGACUUCUAUAUUUACCUGAGAGACCUGCCAAAUUUCACCAGUGUCCCUUUAAGUUACCAACUGCUGGAUGUCGGCUGGGAUCAAGAUUUGGGAGACAACCAGUCUGCUUUGUUUUUACAACACAGUGUACCAUUCUGUGAUGCGAUGGCAUUUCAUAUACAGCAACAGUCAGCGUACGCUGGUAAUUACGGUGGUUGUAGUGUGCAAAGCUAUAGCGGGGGACAAGCAAAUCAGGAGUUUGUCAGAGUAAACUUCACGCUUGAUUAUUACGAAAUUUUGGAUGUGCCUAUGAUGCAAAAUGAAGUUUCCAUGAUUAUUUACAACAACACUCCACAGCAAAGAUACAAUGGCUUCGUAGGUCACGUGGUCAGCGAUCUCGUUUUGUUUGACUCUCUUGCUACUUACUUUGACGUUCCUUACGAUGCAUGGAUUGCCAAUAUGACAUUCACUUUGUUCGACUAUAGUUCCUACAAACCCACGUUGCUUAACUCCUCGUCAUAUGACUUUAGAACGAAACAGAAAGCGUUUUGUGAUGGAGACGCUGUCAAUAAUGCCGAAGGGUUGAAACCACAUAUUCUUGCUUCACCGUUCUACGGAAGUCGAUUCCUGCGAUGUUUUGUACACAGCUACACUUACGACGAAUUAUCACUCACCGACAAACUGACGUCAACUGUCUCGUUCCUUUUCGAUGGCAUUGAACCAAUCUUCGAAUCUGAGUUAGAAGAAAUAAUACGAAAUAACUUUGUGAACAUUGCGGUGGGUGGCGAUGAGGAUUACUACUUUAUUGGAUAUGAUCUGGUGUUGAUACGUGGAAUAGAUGAGAUCAAAGUAAACAAAAGUGAUUAUAACGUGGACACUACUACAACAACGCCGGCACCAGAAAUAGUUGCUUCACUACCAAUGCGUUUUCCACUUAUGAACUUCACUAUCACCGAGGACUACCAGGAGCCUUCGUCAGCAUUAUUCAGAAACAGCUCCGAGUGGUUUUGCAGUGCUAUGAGUAGAAUGUUUAUAGGUGCAAGAGAAAACGGUCUACCAAACUACGGUGGUUGUGGUAAUUUGAGCUUCUCUAUGGAAGGUGACCAAAUCUAUCUAAACUUUGAACUGGCUUUCACGGAGAAUAUCGACGAUCCCCCUAAUACAGUAGUACGGCUUUUGAAAGUGAUAAAUGAGAAAGCUGUAAGGACGACAUUGGCCGAUGGCAAUGUAGCAAUCACGCUAGGACCUUUCAAGGUGUUCCAAGACUUUUUGCUACCCAGUAUAACCAACCCAGGUCUCUCUGGAACUCAGUCGCCACCUUCAUGAACCAUUCAAAGCACAGAAUGAAGAAUUUAAAACAGAUUCUUGCUUUUUGCUAGUUUAUGUACAUUUGACAUUGACAGUGAAUAUUGCCAUGUGAAUUGUGUGUAUUAAUUAACAUUUUGAAAGAUAUACUUUAUCCAAUUUGCAAGUGUGUGUGUUAAAGGAAGAAGGCAAAGGCUUAUGAUGAGUAAUGCGUAUUUAUGAAUUGUACAGUAUGUCGUCCAUCAAGCGCCUGUAGUUUAUCAUCAAUAUUACUAUCUUAACAAUCUUCUGAAACAGAAUCUUCUGAAACAGCUGUCAAAAUAACAAGUUAGUCAGUAGCAUCAUGGUACUGAGCUCCUUCAAGUAUAUUCAAAUCAACCAUUUGAUUCAUUUAGGGGCAGUAACUAAACUAAACUAAACCGAGUGAAACCUUCACCGAAUUUCGCCUGCAUUUCCGUAGUACCUUUCUCAUAUGUAUUUAAACUGCUUUGCUUGGCUGCACCACCUCGGGGCAAGAAAAGCUACAAACAACAAAACCUUUUAACAACUGCAUUUUUAACGACUGGAUAGAUAUUCAGCAAAUUUGGUUUGCAGCAUCCAUAGAUAUAUCGUUUCAAUGGUGUUAAAAUGAUAUAAUAUUCGUUACUGACUUCAGAGCCUGUUGUAAAUAAAUACAGAACAAAGUUCAAAACGAAGUUUUCCGUGAAUUUAUGGUAUCUUUGAGUUAACCUUAUAAAUUUAAUUACAUCGUUCUUAUGACUACAUUUAGGGUCAGUGAAGAGUUAAAAAAUAUACCGCCUACAUUGUAUUAACAUGAAAUAUUAAUGAAUAAAUUUUCGCCAGACUUGGUCUGUAGCAUCACUUAUUUCAGUCUCUCAUAGGAUGUCCGCCUGGAUGCUCUAAGUGCUCUAAAAUUGUAGGAUAUUUAUUUGCUACAGUAGUUGUACAUAUGAGCCGUGCCAUGAGAAAAUCAACAUAGUGGGUAUGCGACCAGCAUGGAUCCAGACCAGCCUGCGCAUCCGCGCAGUCUGGUCAGGCUCCAUGCUGUUCGCUAACAGUUUCUCCAAUUCCAAUAGGCUUUAAAAGCGAACAGCAUGGAGCCUGACCAGACUGCGCGGAUGCGCAGGCUGGUCUGGAUCCAUGCUGGUCGCAAACCCACUAUGUUGAUUUUCUCAUGGCACGGCUCAUAUGUAGAUAGAUCUAGUUCAUAUAUUUAGUGAUGUAUUUGAUAAAACUAUUUUUAUCUUUAUUAACAGUUCCGCUUCCUUUUCUUUUUUGUUUCUUUUCAUUGAUUAAUUAUAUAUUUAUGUUUUUUUGCACAGUGUAUUUUAUUUAUUUCCUGCAUUUCAGUGUUUUAUAAAAAUAAACCCAUAGGUCAUAUGUUUUUAUAAUUAUAUUUCUUUUUAAAUUUUAAUUGCUUACAAAAAUAUAAACAACAUCUCUUUUAUUGUUUCUUGAAAAAUUAAAAAAAAAAGCGGAAAACCACAGGUCGCUUAAAACCCUUUAAGCCUUUGAUGUAUAUAUCAAUUAUAACACUCGUUUUUAUAAAAUAAUAAAUCAUAAAAGAAUAAAGAUCAAUUUUCAUAAGCACAAAA